AUCCCAGACAGCUUAUAGAAAUUGCAAAGUAAAGCCAUGUAUUUUUAUUAUUUUUUUUCUAAUAUUUAGGCCAGUUAUCAAUACUUAUUCCCCUUUACUGCUGUUGUGGUUUAACCCAGAAUCAAGACGACUCAGAAGCCACAACAGAUUUACUUGUCAUGGCAAGAGGAUAUCAAUAUACAGUUAUUGCUCAACUGUGCCCUUAUAAGUAUUGAUCUAACCCUAAACACAUAUUCAAAAGAUCCUCCCCGACCAAGUUAUCAAUAGGCUCGUAUCGUUGCUCAUCUUCUCUCACCAUCUUCCGCACCUUCUCCCUCCCACCGUCUCUGUCCAUCUCCUCCCUCCGCUCCCUUUUCACUCCACAACCCAGAGCGACGCGUCUGUCGGAGAAAUCAGGAGACACAAUAGACCGUAUUUUGUGGGGCAUCAUGAUGUUGGAAUUUUUUUCCGUGAGCAAACAGUGAAGCGGCUCAUGUGGACGAUCCGUGCAGGCGCCUCCGCUCAAAUCACACACGCGCUGGAAGUUUCGCUGGAUUUAAAUGUUGCCAACCGAGAUUUCAGGAGGAGUGUGUUUCACCUCAAGGUAAAGAGUCCGAGAUCCAGGAACAGGUUGUCGGACAGAGCAGCGUGCGAUCACACUGAGGGAACGAGAGAAGGAAUGAAAACUGAAGAGAACCAGCAGUCCUGUUUGCAGCAGCCUCCGUCCUCUACGCCUUUUGGUCCAGAUUUCAGAGGAGGAGGAGGAGAAGUGUGCGCGGGCUGCGAGUCUCCCAUCGCCGACCGCUUCCUGUUGCGCGUGAACGAGCGGUCCUGGCACGAGACCUGCGUCAAGUGCGCCGUCUGUCUGAGCGCACUCACCGGGACCUGUUACUGCAGGGACCGUCUGCUGUACUGCAAGCAUGACUAUGAAAAGCUCUUUAUAAGGAAGUGCAGCGCUUGCCUGCAGGUCAUUGGACGCUCUGAGCUGAUAAUGCGUGUGCUGGGCCAGGUAUACCACCUGGGCUGCUUCAGCUGCUGCGAGUGUGAACGCCGACUGCAGAGAGGUGAUGAGUUUGUGUUGAAAGAAGGCCAGCUGCUCUGCCGUAUGGACUAUGAAAAGGAGAGGGAAAUGCUUGCUGCUAUUAGUCCUGCUCCAACUGAAUCAGUGAAAAGUGAGGAUGAAGAUGGUGGGGGAGGAUCUGGCAGUGGGAAAGGUGGUGAUGAGGGCAAAGAGCACAAGCGUUCAAAACGACCACGCACCAUCUUGACCACACAGCAGCGGCGAGCUUUCAAGGCCUCUUUUGAAGUAUCGGCCAAGCCAUGCCGAAAGGUGAGGGAAACGCUAGCUGCAGAGACUGGCCUGACAGUGCGAGUUGUACAGGUGUGGUUUCAAAACCAGAGAGCAAAGAUGAAAAAGAUAGCUCGCAGACAGCAGCAACAGCAGCAGCAGCAGCAGGAACAAGAACAACUGGGAGGGACCAGGAGAGGGCCGAGCAGAGGUGGCCGUCAAAGCAAUGAUGACAGUGAGGAUGGUUCUAGUACUCAUGGAAUGGAUAGCAUGCUAGGAUAUCCGUCUUUGCCACGUCAGCAACUGCUUUCUCUGGACCCCAACAUUUACGGUGGAGAGCCAUUUCGACAUGGUCUGACGCCUCCUCAACUAAACAGUGAGCAGAUCCACUCCUAUGACUCAGAGACAGUCUUCCAUGACUUGGACAGCGAUGGAAGCCUCAGCCACCUGGGUGACUGUCUCUUGGCAACAGGAGAGGCCGGUCUCCUGGCAGGACGAGUAGGAAACCCCAUCGACCGUCUGUACUCCAUGCAGAACUUGUACUUCACCUCCUGACCCUUAAAAACUCUCAUCUUUACCCCACCGGUUCCACCUUUCACCCCUGAGAAGCAACCUGCCUAUGGAACUAUCUUUAAUUAAACUGGCUACAGCCAAUCAUACUCCUGAGCUUUUAAUGCUGGAAAACAUCUUCACAAGCCAGACGGUCAUAACAUCACUCUGCUGAUUAGCAUAAUGUCCUCUUGUGCUUUCCUGAAUAAGAAUCAUAUGCUGGAUCUAGGCACUGUAAAUUUCCAUGAUAAUAGCCUUCUAUUUUUUUUUCCAUCAUAUUUAUGCCAUACUCAGUGAGAAUAUUUCACUUCGCUUUCAAACAGAAAAACAAUAACCACACAUUGAUCAUUCCAUAUAAAUAAUUUUAAUGAAUCAAGUCAAGUUAAAUGUAUGUAGGAGUUGUGGUAGUUUUAAACAUUUGGGGUUCUAAAUACUAUUAGUACAUUGGUGAACUUUCUUUGUUCUGUCUGGAUUGAUUUUAUCGGUGUGUGUGGUUGGCUGCAACGUAUACAAGAGUAUAUGUAUGGGAAUACAGUUUUGCUCUCAGGUUAGUGUGUAUGUUUGUGAGACCUGAGAGUCAUCUCAGGAAAUUGUGCUGGACAGAAUGACAUCUUGAAAUCCCAUAAUAUUUCUAAUUUUAUGCUUUUUGACAAAUGACAGCUAAAAAAAAAAAGUGGACCAAAAAUAAAUUACUUUUGCAUUUAGAAAAUAGAUGACCUUCCAGUGUCAUUUGAAAAGCCUUAAGUGGAAACAGGGUUGUAUAAAUGCUCAUUACUUUAGUUUACGCUUUUAUAUCAUCAGUAAAAUUUUAGUGUAGUAAAUUACAACCAAAAGGUCUACAAUGCCCAAAUCUUAGGUCUUUAAGUCCACAAUGAUGAAUUCCAAUUGUAUAUGUGAAUACAACUAUGUCACACAUAAUUGUUGCAAUCAGUUUCUGUAAUAAUUUCCUUUGUCAAAAAUAUCCUAAUAGAUACUGUUGGGUAGACAUUUUGUACCUUCUGUGAUAAUCAGCAAAUAUUUAAACUAUAGCAUGAUAUUUGUGUGCCACAAAGUAGAUCUAUAGAAAUAGAAUCCAAUUUUAUUUUGGAUAGCAGGUGCUGCUGAAAGGAUCGGCGCAGACUCAUCCUGUGGAUUCCUGUAGCACAAAAAAGAAUGAAGGUGAUACCCAUCUCAUUUAAAUGUCAGUGGUCUGACAAAGCCUGGGGUACUCUUAAGAAAUUGUUUGAUUCUAAUAAUACAUGGCGUUUUUACUGUGAUAUUAAUGUGAAUGUAACUUAUUUGUGUGGUACUAGAUGACAUUUUAUCUAUUUCGUUCGGUGACAGCAAGGUGAUGUGCUUUGAAUUUAAUGUUCAUGUAUCUUUCAACACAAUCUGCGGUUUUACCUUUAAAGUAAAACUGCCUUAUUUGUCCUUAAUACAAUAAAUAAUGAAAGACUUACCAAUUGCUCAUGUGGCAUGAACUAAUAAUUCACCUAAAAAUAAAGCAAUCUAUUUCUCCUCCAUGA